AUGUUCAACAGUGUGUCCAAAGAGUGUGUAGGCAGUCUGUCAAACGUGAUGUCUCAGAAGUGUGUAGUGUGUAUGUUGAGCAGUGUUUCCCAGGAGUGUGUAGUCAGUAUGUUCAGCAGUAUGUCCCAGGAGUGUGUAGUCAAUAUGUUCAGCAGUGUUUUCAAAGAAUGUGUAGACAGUCUGUCAAGCGUGAUGUCUCAGAAGUGUGUAGUGUGUAUGGUGAGCAGUGUUUCCCAGGAGUGUGUAGUCAGUAUGUUGAGCAGUGUUUCCCAGGAGUGUGUAGUCCGUUUGUUCAGCAGUGUGUCCAAAGAGUGUGUAGACAGUAUGUCAAGCGUGAUGUCUCAGAAGUGUGUAGUGUGUAUGGUGAGCAGUGUUUCCCAGGAGUGUGUAGUCAGUAUGUUCAGCAGUGUGUCCAAGGAGUGUGUAGUCAAGGUUCAACCUACACUUCCUCGGCAGACUGAGGUGGGGCAACAAACACAGAAUGACACAGCUGUCAGGUCGGCCCCUGCGUUUCCUUCUACCAGGGACAUAGCUGCAGAGGUACUGCGUCUUAUGAUGGAGAAUGGUGUGGCCUUCGUUCCACAAGCGCCACAGUCAUCAAAUAUGACGGCUUCACUGAUGCCAUUACCUACACAUUCUGCUACGACCGAAGGUUUGGAGCAACCCUCCUCUACCAAUCAUUCAGUCCACAAAUAUGCCGGCCUCAUGGGAUGUGGAGGACAACAUGUUUUAGCAACGCCUCUGCCUCCCAUCUGCCAACCAGACAACCAUCGCCGACCACUAGGACUAAUCUACAAACAACUUCACCAGUCCUAG